ACUUACGUUUUCAUGUUAGAAUGUGGCAGUGCAGAAAACAUAAACGUGAUUAACUCUGUGGAAAAGAAACUGGAACAGAAAGAAUUACUGAGCUCACAGCUAUAUUCCAAAAAAUCCAAGUUACUUUGCAGACCAGCACAAGUUGUGCUAAGUGCCCUACAAAGAUCUGAGUGGCUUUGAGUUGCUUCCUGCAAUGGCUCCGGUUUAUCGUUCCACUGGCCAGUUCGUGUGGUUCCUGAUUUGCUUGCAGUGGUCUUGGAUCCCGGCCGAGAGCGGCAAGCUGCUGGCUGUCCCUGUCGAUGGGAGUCAUUGGCUCAACAUGAAAACCAUAGUGGAGGAGCUUCACGGAAGAGGACACCAGAUUGUUGUAGUUUACCCUGAACAUUCUUUGAUGAUUAAGGCCUCCCUUCACUACACCAGCAUAACCUAUUUCAUUCCCUUCAGCCAAGAUGAUGUGGAGCAGAUUUACAGAAAUCUAGUGCAGAUGGCUUUUUACAAUGGGACUUUUUACGAAAGAGUUAGGAGUACCUUGGAACAUAUAAGUGAUUUCAGACAGUUUGUCCUGUCUCAAUGCGAGUAUUUACUGUUUAACACGGAGCUGAUGGAGGAGCUGGCUGAAGAAAAAUUUGAUGCCCUGCUGACAGACCCUUUCUCCCCCUGUGGCGCGAUCGUUGGUGAGUACCUCACUCUCCCCAUCGUGAACUUGCUGCGAGGAAUCCCUUGCGGUUUGGAAUAUUCAGCCACUCAGUGUCCACGGCCUCUCUCGUUUGUGCCAAGAAUGUUCACGGGUAACACCGAUCGAAUGACCUUUCUCCAAAGAGCUGGGAAUAUGCUGAUUAGUUUUCUGGAUCCAUUGCUGUGUUAUUUUGUGUAUUCGCCAUUUGAAGAGCUGGCCACUAGGUUCCUGAAGAAGGACGUGACUCUGGUCCAGCUACUGAGCCGGACCUCCAUCUGGCUGAUGCGAUACGACUUCAUCCUGGAGUACCCCAGACCCCUGAUGCCAAACAUGGUCCUUGUUGGAGGCAUCAACUGCAAGGAGAGGAAACCUCUGCCUCAGGACUUGGAAGAAUUUAUGAACAGUUCUGGAGAACAUGGAGCUGUGAUCUUCUCCUUAGGAUCAAUGGUUUCUGAAAUGCCCAUCUCUACUGCCAAUCGGAUUGCAGAAGCAUUUGGUCAAAUUCCUCAGAAGGUGUUGUGGAGACACAGUGGAGAAAGGCCCUCAACACUGGCACCCAACACCAAGCUGAUGGACUGGCUGCCUCAGAACGAUUUGCUGGCGCAUCCCAAAACACGAGCUUUCCUGACCCAUGGGGGGACACAUGGAAUCUACGAGGCGAUCUGCAGUGCUGUGCCUAUGGUCAUGUUGCCAUUAUUUGGAGAUCAGAUGGAUAACACACUGCGUAUGAUGCGUCAUGGGACUGGCAUUAUAUUGAAUUUGAAGGACAUCACUUCCCGGGACCUCGUGGAUGCAUUAAACAAUGUUAUCAAUAAUACCAGAUACAAGGAAACCAUGAUGAGGAUGUCGUCACUGCACAAGGAUCGGCCGGUGGAGCCCCUGGCCCUCUCUGUCUAUUGGGUGGAGUUUGUGAUGAAGCACAGAGGAGCCAAACAUUUGCAAACUGCCGCUCACCAUCUGAGCUGGGUCCAGUACCACUGCUUGGAUGUCAUCGGUAUCCUUCUCGCUGUAGCCCUGCUGCUGGUCUACCUGAUGUUCAAGUGCUGCUCAAUCUGUCUACACAGAGUGAGGGGACAUAGAAAGAACAAACUUGACUGAAGCACUAGAGAUGAGGCUUCACAGGGCAUCUGAUUAUCUGACCUUCCAUCUGCAAUCAUGCAAUAGAGUCCAACCCAUGGACACCACUUGCUCUGAGUCAGACCUCUUGACAGUCUCCACAACUUUACUCUUCCAUCCAUGGUCGUACCAGCAUCUAAGUUCUGCUCUGGAAACACCACUGCCACUCUCUCAGUGUUUCCUUGAAACCUCCCCCGUUCAUCAACGUUUGGAGAUCUUCCCAAAUAUUUACUUAUGUACUUAACCCUAGAAUGUUAGGCCAAGGCAUAGGUGCAGAAUUAGACCAUACAGCCCAUCAAGUCCACUCCGCCAUUCAAUCAUGGCUGAUCUACUUUUCCCUCAAGCCACCAUUCUCCUGUUUUUUCCUUGUAACCUUUGACAUCCUUAC